CGUGAGGCGGCGGCGAUGUGGGCGCAGGAUCUGACGGUGUCGGCUCCGGGGAAGGUGAUCCUGCACGGGGAGCACGCCGUGGUGCUGGGCAAGGUGGCCCUGGCCGUGGCGCUGGACCUGCGGACGUUUCUCCGCCUGCGGCCGAGCGCUGAGGGCCGGGUGAGCGUCUCCCUGCCUGGCGUCGGCUUCGGGAGGAGUUGGGACACGCCCGAUCUCCAGGCCCUGCGGGGGCGAAUCGCAGCUGACUUUGAUGAGUCCAAGUCUCCCAGUGUAGAACAGCUGGAUGCACUGAGGGAGUUUGCUGGAAUUACUGCUGGAGCCUCAGCUCCAGAAAGCCUUGCUACGCUUGCCUUCCUGUAUAUGUGCCUGGCUAUUUCUGCUAAGUAUGGGGAUGUUCCCAGCAUGGAUAUCCUCGUGUGUUCGGAGCUGCCCAUGGGAGCAGGGCUGGGAUCCAGUGCUGCCUAUGCUGUGUGCCUGGCUGCAGCCCUGCUCAUGGUGUGUGGAGCCAUCUCCUGCCCGCUGCAGGAGGGAGAGCCCACAGCCAGGUGGACGGAAGAAGAGCUGACACUGAUUAACAGCUGGGCCUUCCGAGGGGAGCAGGUGAUCCAUGGCAAUCCAUCGGGUGUGGAUAAUGCUGUUGGCACCUGGGGUGGAGCCCUGAGAUACCAAGCAGGAAAAAUCACACCAUUAAAGAGGGUGCCCACACUGAGGAUCUUGCUGACCAACACAAAAGUCCCUCGGAGCACCAAGGUCCUGGUGGCUGGUGUAAAGGAGAAGAUACUGAAGUUCCCUGCCAUAAUGAACCCAGUGCUGGACUCCAUCGGUGCCAUUUCUCAGGAGUGCCAAAAUGUUCUGGAAGCGAUGCCUGAAAAUCCAUCACCGGAGCAUUACCCUGUGCUGGAGGAAUUCUUUGACAUAAACCAACACCACUUAAAUGUGCUCGGAGUGGGCCACCCCUCCCUGGACAGGCUGUGCCAGGUGACCGCAUCCCACAGCCUGCACAGCAAACUCACCGGGGCUGGUGGGGGUGGCUGUGGCAUCACCCUGCUGCCACCAGACACCUCCCCGCUGGCCGUGGAAGCAGCCAAGCAAGACUUGUGUGCCUGUGGAUUUGAAUGUUGGGAGACCAAGAUCGGGGCCCCCGGGGUGACGCUGCACUCCGCCUCCUCUCUGAGUGCCCAAGUGCAGCAGGCGCUCGCCAGGUGCUGAGCUGCUGCAGGACUGAGCUCCUGGCACCACGUCCUCGGAGCUUUGUGUGUCCACAUGCCUGGAAACUUCUUCCCGUUCUCCUGUGUGGCUGAGGGCCUCCAGAUGUGGGUAUGGAGCCAGUUUGGGGCCUGGUGUCGCUGGGAUUUGGGACCUGGGAGCACCCGCCCAGUGGUGUUUGACCAAGGCUCUCAAAAUCCUGAUUGGAAUUUCCUUCCUUAACUGCUAUGCUAAUCCCAAGGUGCAGGAAGAGAGGGGCUUGGCUGGAUUCCAGGGUGGAUAAUGACACUUUGCUGUUUCAGAUGCAUGUGGUGUCUCUUCCCUCAUCCCUGGUGUCCUGUGGGGGCUGGCAGGGUGGAUGUGCAUGGUGCUUUGACAUUUUUUGGAUGAGGAGCAUCUUUGGCAACUCAGGGCUUGAUGCUCGGGUCUCUGUGUCUUCUGGACUAUAUUUAAUACAUUUAAUACAUUUGGAAACCUUUAAUACAGCUCUACCUUGCUAUUAAUUAAGUGUUGGAUAAUUAAAAUGCAAGAUAAAGCACAAUUCUAGUGAAAUUACUGGUUUUUACUCUUUUCCAUAAUCUCUGCCUGGUCUGAUAAGCAGGGUCCUGUAGUCAGGCUCUGGUUUUUAUUCACAUGUGCAAGGUCUGUCUCAAACAGCACCUGCAAGGAGGGCAGCUCCAGGCCAAGGGCAGGCUUAAAAUUCUUCCUUGUAAAAGUUGUUGUCAAGAUGUGCUUGAACCAGCACAUCUGUGACCCUGCCUGGUGUUUGGUUUACUUUGAUGUAAUUAAGAUGGGGAAAGAAACCCAAACCACGUCCUCAAAAGCUCACCAUAAGUUGCAGUUGUCAAACUCUAAAACCUAAAUGCAUUUAGACUUAUUACACAAAAUGUAAAUGCAUUUUUUUACUCCUGAAAUUUUAAUGAGCUGUGCCGCAGAACAGAAAGGGAAGUGGCUGAGGCCAGAAUCUCUGGGAGUCAUGAGCUGACUCUGAGGGACUGUGGUCUCUGCUGUAUGUGCCAAAGGGGUUUUAUCAUCGCUCUGUUUGUCUGGAGUGGGUUUUUUAAGUGGGUUUUUAAGUGUAGCUGUGUUCAAGAAUCACUUCACUCAAAGCUGAGUAAUGAAUUGGCAGAAAUGGGGAACUUGUCUUCCCCUUCCAGCCCAGGGAUAAAAAAAAAUCAAAUGUGAGAAGCUGAGAUGUUGUAGCUCUAAACUCCCAGCAUCAUGGUGACCAACUUUAGUUCCCUGAUCCCAUGUAAAACUGUCUCUGGUUUUAAUAAAUCCAUGGGUUUUUUUAUGUGCAAA